AUGAACGAAUUUGAUAGAGACCAGCCGUUUGUCGUCUACAGCAGGGGACUGAGGCCCGAGAUUCUGCAACUCGGUAGUCUUUGUCUAGACCCCGCAAAUCCCGAGGGCGAUUCACGAAAGAUAUACCAAUGUCCGAUCAAGGACGCAGAACUUUUGCCCUGGAUAAGCAGCUCUGGUGAUGAAAUUCACUGCACCUUAAAUCUGAGUGCUUCACGUGGAUGGCUUGCAGGCGCGAACUGCCCUGAUAUCAGCCCUCAGGAUACUGGCGAGGACAGCCAUGUUGAGGUCCGACUCGAAGGAGAGCAGAGCCGACGAGUCACAAUUCAGAGACCAGAGUUGUUCCUCGAACAAGUGAUCCUACCGUCCGCAGAGGCAAAGCGAUGGCUCGCUACGCAGUUGACUGUCUCGCGCACGAUGCACUACCUCAGCCGCGCCAUCCUCGGCACUGCUCGUCAUCCCCGGGUAUGGUUGGUGACGGGGCUCCAGUACAUCAGCAAGGCUCGUAUAGAGGCUGGUUGGUCGCGUUCGGCUCAUGCAUUAACGGGGAUCCCUGGAUCAUCUCUAGAUCCCACGGUGGCUGCACUGACCGGCUUAGCCGAUGCAAGUGGCCAAGGUCCACACGUGGGUAUCGAUGCAGGCGGAUCGACGGGUGACGACACGGAGGAGAAGAUCUGGGCCGCCCAGUUUGCGGAACUGAAAGUGAACUUUCGUCCUCGCGACUUGGCCACUGUCAGACUCCCGGAGGAGAUCCAACUGCGUCAGUUCAGUCCGCUGGGUGGAAUGGGGUUCCAAGGCCAUGAACACGUCCCGAGCCAGGAGAUUGCAACAAUCGAAGGUCUGGCUGGGCAUCAUGGAGAUGACGAGCAGAGCGGAGGCGGUGCAUUUCUCGGAAUGGAAUGCGAGGAUUGUAUACUCUAUGAAGAACUAUUAGAGCAGGUGGAGAGUCGGAAGGGGGGGCGAUGA